AAACUCGAGGCAAGACGGUCAAGCAGAUAAAGACACUGAUAAAAACUUAAUCAGUCCGAAACCGACGAGAAAUCGGCACAGAAUGGAGAUGCUAGAACCGAUCAGAGCGACCAGUGGGAAGGAUUCCUCAAGCAAGAUCAAUCGUAACGAUGAGCAUGAGCCAGCAGGAAUGGAGGAGAUCGAAGUGAAUUUCAAAGACCAAAAGAUGAUCAACCAGUUCUCGAACUUGAACCUCAAGAAGAUCAAGCUGAAGAAACUUAUCAAAUCUAAAUCCGUGGAGUUGGACGACUUGAUCGAGCUCGAAAACGAACUCUUGUUGUCUAGUUUCGAUGACAUCGAUCAGUCUAAUAAUAACGAAAAUCUGGAUGAUGAGGCUGGUCUGAAGACGACGGAAGAUAACGAUUUAAUCUUGUAUAAAUUAGAUAGUUCAUAUAUACACAUCAAGAGGUCGACAUUCCAAGAAACCAAGCUACCAGAAAGUCUGGACCGAUCGCGGGAGAUGAUCAGCAAGUUGAACUCAGAUCUGACUGAUCUGAACACUCAAAUGAGCGAGCUCAAGAAAACGUUAUACUCGAAAUUCGGCAACACGAUCAACUUGGAAGGUGGUGAUGAAGACGAGGAUGAGGAAGUAGCUGUUUAACCCGACUGAAACCAACGAACCAACAUGGCCAUCCUUCUAAACAUGUAUUCUCGCGAUUUUCGAUAUACAAUCUCCUUAAUUUUGUCGUUUUUUUUGUUUUUCUUGUGAAAUAUGAAUAUCAUCCAACAAUUCGAGACAUCUUUCAGUCUAAUUGUUCACUCUUUAAUGCUUGUUUUUUUUUUCUAUCAAUCAAUUAAUCGACUCAAAGAAAGAAGAGUAAGUUGAUGUAAUAUAUUGUCUUACUGAGCUUUACACAAGCUUGAUAUCCAAGUUCCAGUGUUAUAAUGAUGGAUUCAUACAGCUAUGUAGACACUCAAAAAGAUAUAAACAGCAGAUG